AUGACGCACCGUCUGCACCAGCUCAAGAUGGAGAGCGUUUCGACUAUGGCCAAGCAUCUGGACGAUUUCGACGAGCUUAUCGUCGGAUUGAAGACACUGGAAGAGCCCGUCGAUGAAGCUCGACAGCUGGAAGUGCUAGUAAGCACUUCGUUCUGA